AAAGCUAACUUGUUCUAAAAGUGAACACACAGAUCAGGAUGCGGUUCAUCGGUUGUACCACUUUCCUGACCCUAAGUUGCCUGGUGGCCUUUUCGACUGCCACACCAGCUCUUUUGGCUCCGAUUAGGCCUUUUAGCCAGAAUGGAUCCUUAGCUCUGCCGAGCAACUUCGCCUUGGAGCUGAAAGGAGUGAUACGCACGGUGCCAAUAAGCCAAAUCGAGAAGCUAGUGCAGACCUAUCUGCUGAACGAUCCCGAAUUCCAGAGUCUGAUCAGGGCAAUCAACUCGGUGCCCGCUUUUCGAUUCUACCGUCAGUUUGCCAAUCAACCCGAAGUGCGACAAUUGCAGCAAUGGAGUCAACAAUUGGUCUUGUCCGCUGGUUCCCCCAAGAUUUUCGAGUACCUGGAACUGGAGAUCAAGAUCUUCAAUAAGUAUCCCUACUGGUCGCAGAUUGUCGAUGGCAUUCGCGGAUUCCAGUCUGAGUUGGUGCAGAUUUAUCCCGUGGAAUUGAUUCGUUCUCUUUUGGAACCGAGUGCCACCCAAACAAGUGCUCAACUCGCGGAACUUUGGCGUCGUCUGGUGGCCUUGCGUCCAGUUUACGAAAGGGUUUUGGCCACUCAAGCCGGCAAGGUCAUCACUACUGAACUGCAGCGAUUGGGCGUGGAUGUGGGUGGCCUGGAUGCCCUUAUUCGCUAUCAAUUCGGCUGGAGCAACGUCACUUUGAGUAACAACUUUCCCAACUACGAUUACUACUACUAAUAAGUUAUUACGGAAAUGGAUGCGAAAGUUUAUGGACCCACUGAUUAAUUACUUUUCAAGUCUUUAGACCUUUGCCACAAAAAAAUCAGAGAACAUCUUGAACUCCUGAAAAGUGUAAUUAAAAAAUCAAAUCUUUCAAUUCUGGUCUUAUGUGUAUGUAUGUAAAACUAUUUAACCACCUUAUAUCAAUAUAUGUGUCGAAGAACA